AUGCCUCCUUCGAAGGCGCGCAAGUUCUUGAAGAGAAAAGCUGCGCAUGAAUUGCCGGACGCGUUCCUGGAGCAGAACAUUGACAAGUUGAGAGCUUUUGUCAAAGCACAUAAGGACAAAAGACCACCGCAGACAAUGCCUGCAGGGAGGCUACGUGUGUUUGCAGACUGCGCGGGAAUGUCUUCGGAGACUGUGGCUCUGCGCUUGCUGGGUUUCGAUGCUUCGACCAUGGAAUUUGUGGGUGGCUCCGAGAUUGAUCCAGUCAAGCGUUGCUUAAUGCAAAGUGUGCACAGGACUUGCAACCAAUCCAAGCACAAGGAAGGCCUGGAGCAUGAUAUCUUUGAUCGGUGCAUGUCCAACACCCCAGAAAGUGACCUUUACAUUAGCGGCUUUCCUUGUCCUGCGUACUCAAGUUGUGGUAUCAAAAAGGGUGCGAAGGAUGGAAAAGGACGAGGGCUCUUGAUCUUCGAAGGCCUCAAGUAUAUCACUUACAGAAAACCUUCCUUAGUGAUUCUCGAGCAGGUCGCCGGCUUUGCGCACAAGCGACACACGCGAACACAUCAAGUGAUGAAAAAGUGCUUCCAAGCUUUAAAAUAUAAGGUGUACUUCAGGAAGCUAGCCACCCAAGAGCACGGCAUUCCUCAAAGUCGCACCCGUUGCUUCUUCAUCGCCUUCCGCAAGAAUGUGAGCUUUCGUUUCCCGAAGGCUCUUCCGAAGCCCAGACUGAAAAAGUUUUUGGACGAUACCAAAGGCGUAGAGAAGGUUGCGCUCUCUUUCUACGAACAGAAAUAUGGCGCGGGCAUUUGGAAGGAGGAGCUUAGACAUCGGCUCAAGUCCAGGUGUCUGCAGAAGGGCUACUACCUGCCCCACAAACUUCGCCGUCUGAGUGGUCGUGAAUGCGCGCGCUUGCAAGGAGUUCCGGACAAGGUCUACGAGAAGAUGGCUGCUUUCUUGAUGAAGAAGAUGCCUCAGUACUCACUGCAGGAAAGUGCGGAAAAGCAAGUCAUGGGAGCUUUGGGUGACAGCAUGUCCGUCAAUGUGUUGAUGCGUUUGCUUGCAAGUGCUUUCACGGCAGCAGACUUUUCACGCGGACGGAGUAAGAAACGUCGCUGCUGCGCUGCAACUUGUCUUGUUUGUCGCACGGCGGCUUUGCGCCGACUGUUGCGGACGGCGGCUCAGCGCCGACUGUUUGGACGGCGUCUUUUUGUUUCAACGGCGGCCUUGCGCCGACUGUCGCGGACGGCGGUGUCUGGCCGCUUGCCUUUUUGUUUCAACGGCGGCCUUGCGCCGACUGUCGCGGACGGCGGCUCAGUGCCGACUGUUUGGACGGCGGUGUCUGGCCGCUUGCCUUUGUUUCAACGGCGGCCUUGCGCCGACUGUUGCGGACGGCGGCUCAGCGCCGAGUGUCCAUGUGGAUUGUGCAUACUUUGCGGCGGAUGUCUGACCGCUGGUUUGGCAUCGCAGCUUUGGGCUCAUGCCGAGGAAAAGUCCGUGGACAGCGACCUGGCUGUUUGGGAAGCAAGCUUGCCUGUUGGUCUGAGUCAAGAGGAGACCCUGUUGAAGCGCAAAGAAGAACGGAAGCGCUUGGCCCCAGUUGCUGCCGAGACUUCUACCACCACCACGUCCACGAACUCUGAGUACUACGAGUGCGUCAAGCAAGACAUGGCUGUGAUUGAGAAGGAUGAGUACCAGCUCCAGAAGGCCAAGGUCGCUUUGGAAAGCCAUGGCAGUUACAUUUGCAGCUGUAACAUGUAUUGGCUUGACAGCUGGAAAAAUCCAGCGCCUGGAGUUCCACUGUCUCGUGCUCGUGUCCAGCAGCUGGCCUCCUUCUACUUCCCAGAGAACCGCAGCAACAACUUUUUCCAGAAGCUCGUGGAGGUUCAGGUCGAUGCGGCUACCCUGACAGACAAGCCUGCUGGUCUGGUUGUGAUUUCCCCUUUGGAGAUCCUGCACGCUAUUUUCUUGAAAGCCGCCGAGGACCUUGGAAAGGCAGGUGUCACUGCAGCGUGCAAGACAGCUUGGAAAGAAGCCUUGACAGCUGUGCCUGUGGUCAUGGUGGCCAUUCCCGAGGGCGACGUUUGGAUCCACGCCCUGAACAAGCGACAGCUGGUCCAGCAGGAACACGAAAGUCUCACCAGAACAGCUUGGCAGAACGCAGCCGAGUUGUACCACCUCCAGGCCCUGAUGGAGAAGAUCGAAGGCAGGAAGCUGUCCGAGGCCGAGGUCGUGCAGAUGCUGAAGAACAAGCACCUUUUGACCGCACAGAAGGGCACAGGCCAGUCGGCUGUGGACGUCUCCAACUACUGCGAAUGGAAUUUCACUGCUGCGAAGACAAUCUUCUCCAAGCUGCACUCUGACCAGGUGAUCAGCGAGAUUGUCCAGAAACAGGAGGCCCUGAAAGCUUACUCUUGUUUCAACAGCUUGGUGAAGUUGGAGAAAUUGGCCCAAAGACCCAGUUGUGUCGCAUCUCGUCGCUUCAUUUUCCAACUGAUCGAUGACAUGCUUUGCCACGGAAUCCUGAGAGACGAGGACCUGAGCAAGAAGGACAUCAUUGGUUCUGGGAGCAAUGUUGGGCUCAUCCACCUGUUUGAGUUCAAGUGGCGCAGCCUCACCUACAUUCUGGACAUCAUGUGCGUGCAAGCCAAGCUGAAGGACGCAGACCGCGUUCUGCUCAAAGAACACCUACGCGCUGCUUUGUCAAAGUCGUGCCUGGAAGCCUUGACCUACGUUCAGGAUGUGGUCUUCCUGAAGACCUACGACAACUUGAUCAAGCAAGCCAUGAAGCCCAACUCCCACCCGGAGAUUCUGAGUGAGAUCGAAACUUUGCAGGAGGCGUGGAAGCAAAUCUGCAACCUCAGGGAGAACGAGCUGGCUGAAGAAAAGGCGGCCUUGAAGAGCAUGGAGGACAAGAGCGAAGAGGAAGCAGAAGACGACCCAGCGACCCAAGGCCACGAGUCCCUUUUGAAGAUGGUCAGAAAGACUCCCAACACGCUGCCGCAGGGCGAAAGCACUGGUCCAGGCGCUCAAGAAGGCUUGAGGAAGGUCUGGCGUCCAGAUGAGGCAGUCGUGCAGAAGUUGUUUGGCUCCGCCCUUGUUGCGCUGGGCGCCCAGCAAGACAAGAGCGGCAAGUGCACGUCGCCUGGUGAAGGCGUUGUGGCUGCUAUGAUGGACCCUCUGGGAGUUCUUCCGAAGACCUUUCUGAAAGAUGCCUGCAGCCAAACUGUGUGGAUUUGCUUCAAUGAGGAAAGCAUCCGGGCAAGGAAAAAGAAGGUCAGAGGACACAGCUACACACAGCGUUUGGAACUUUCCUUGUUCUCAGACAAGUCUUUGGGCGUCGUCCUGCCAGAGAAGCCUCGCCAAAUCUACUCAGGCUGGUCCUCGGGAGACGCUAUUGCCUUUGUCACAGCGCUUCCCACGUCUCAGCUGUGGAAGUUGAGCAGGAAAGACAAGGUGGAGAUGCUCAGCGCGAAGAGAACUGUCACGGUGGAGGGCAACAAGAACGACGAGGAAGAGACUUGCUUCAGUUGCAGCUUGGCACCUUCAGAGCUCUACAUGGAGUUGAUUCACUCCUACUGCGCCACAUGCGUGGUUGAUGCCUCGCCUGCGCAGGGUGAAUUCCUCAAAGCUGCUUUGUCGACCCGAACCAAGGCAGUGGCGAUUUGUGGAACUGAGAGCCAUUGCGCUCGUUUGGAACUGCUUCUCACUGAGUUCGUCUUGGCCGAGCUGUGCCGUGAAGGUUCUACCUUUUACCGCCCCGACUCCGUCAGCAAGGACGGCGACGAGGAGGAGAAGAAAGCGGAUGAGCCAAAGAAGAGAGCUGACUCCAAGAAGAAACCCAAGAGAGCAGCUGAAGACGAGACCCAGGUAGCCAAGAAGAAAGCGCGCAAGCCCAAGGCCGCUGCUGAAGAGGAGGAGCAGGACGAAAGGGAGGCUGAGGAGCCAAAGAAGAAGUCCAAGAAGACUAAGAAGAAGAAGGAGGAGCCAGAGGCUGAAGAGGGUGACGGCGAGUCCUCAGACCUUUGGGGAUGA